CCUGCAAGACUCAGGAUGUGCGGUCUUGCUGUAGCCGUUGCUGUAAAAGUGCACACCUGUCAGCGCGACACAUCACGACAGAAAAGGAGGGGGUCGGUAGGCAACAUGGCGGCGGCUGCGGCCGGUGUGGGCCGGCUGGAGGAGGAGGCUCUGCGGCGGAAGGAGAGGCUGAGGGCCCUGCGGGAGAAAACCGGGCGUAAGGACAAGGAAGAGGGGGAGCCAAAAACCAAGCAGCUUAGAGAAGAGGAGGAGGAAGGCGAGAAGCACAGGGAACUCAGGCUGCGGAACUACGUCCCGGAGGAUGAGGACCUGAAGAGGAGGAGGGUACCCCAGGCCAAGCCGGUUGCAGUGGAAGAGAAGGUGAAGGAGCAACUGGAGGCUGCCAAGCCAGAGCCCAUCAUAGAGGAAGUGGACCUGGCCAACCUCGCCCCCCGGAAGCCUGAUUGGGACCUCAAGAGGGACGUGGCCAAGAAACUGGAGAAGCUAGAAAAGCGCACCCAGAGGGCCAUCGCCGAGCUGAUCCGGGAAAGGCUGAAAGGCCAGGAGGACAGCCUCGCCUCUGCAGUGAACGCAACCACCGAACAAGAGGCCUGCGACUCCGACUGAGGCGCACCCUGUGCCCUGUCUGCCAUUGGGCCUGUCCUGUAGGCACAGCUCUGGCCACUGCAAGCAAGACAGAGAUCUUCCAUCCACUGGGUCACUCUCCAAAUGGCCACAACAGUUGGGAUUAGGGAAAUGCAUCAGUGGGUGGGCACUCAAUCUGUCUCUCUGCCUCUCAAAUAAAAAAAAAUUAAUAAACUCAAGAGCUAAAUAGUAACUCAAAGAAUAGACUAACAGAUGGGAAGUUAAAGCUGAGGAGGUCAUGUAGAAGGUGGUGAUGAGCCCUGAAGAGGGCGAAGUGGAGAGAAGAUUCAGACCAUUGCCAUACAGACAGGUGUGGCUUUAUAAAAGAACACCAGAGAAAGAGGGUGCUUGCAGUGCUGCAGGUUAAGCUGCCACUUUUGACUGCAACUUCCUGUGUUAGAGUGCUGUUUCCAUUGCUGGCUGCUCUACUUCCAAUCCUGCUUCCUGCCAGUGUGCCUGGAAAGGCAGCAGAUGAUGACCCAAAUGCUUGUGCUCCUGCCUCCCGCAUUGAUAAACCAGUAUUGAGUUCCUGACACCCGACUCUAGCCUGGCCCAGCUCUGGCUGAUGGGGGGCAUUUGGGGUAUAAACGGGGAUGGACGAUGUCCCCCUCUCAUUCUGCUUUCCAAUAAACAAAUCCUUUAAAAAAUAAAGUAAAAAGGAAAAUAGGAGUAUAUUUCUAAAAGAACCAGCCUGAUGGUCUGGAAAUAAAAAAUAUUGUCAUAGUAAUUAAAAACCUUGUGUCUGUGAAUUAGACAAAGAUGAAGAGACAACAGGUGAAUGGAAAACUAGAUCUGAAGAAAUUUCCCGGGGCCGACGCUGUGCUAUAAUGGGUAAUGUGGCAUGGGCAUCCCAUAUGGUGCUAGUUUGAUUCCAGGGUGGCCGACUACUGAUCCAACUCCCUGCUAACAUACCUGGGAAAGCAGCAGAGAAUGGCAUAAGUGUUUGGGCACCUGCACCUGAGUGGGAGACCCAGGAGAAGCUCCUGGCUUCAGUUUGGUCCAGCCCUGGCCGUUGUGGCCAUUUUUGGGAUGAACCAGCAGAUAGCAGAUCUCUCUGUCUCUCCCUAACUCUACCUUUCUAAUAAAAUAAAUAAAUCUUAAUAAAACAAAAGAAAUUUCCCAGAAUGCAGCCCAGCAAGAUAAAUAGAUUUGAUAAUAUCAGACAAGAGGCCGAGAGAUGAGGAGGAGAGAGAAAAUCUUGUGCAACAUGGAAUUGGAGCUCCAGAAAGCAAAAGAAGCAAAAAUGGGCAAAGGCAAUCCUAAAAAGCAGUGGCUAAGAACUUUCCAGGACUGUUGAAAAUCGGCACGCAGAUCCAAGAAGACCAGCACCUUGCACAGGAAACAUAAUAAUAAAUAGAAGUCUGUGUCCAUAUGCUGUUUUAAGUGGGUACUUUCACCUUGUGCAUAUUCAUUAAGUUUUACACACCUUGCACAUUUUUUACAUCUAUUCGAGCUUAGUAAACACAUUUGCUUACAAUUUUUCCACAUUCUGUUGCUGCAUACACAUUCCUCCAGAACUCAGCAGUUUAAAAUCACAACUGUGAUUUUGCAGUUUCUCUGUUUUAGGAAUCAGGAGUGGCCUUGCUAGGUGGCCGUACUGGAGUCUCUGGGGAAGCUGCAGUCACCUGAAGGCUCCCAAGACAGGGCUCACUAGGUGUUCUCGUGACAUGGCAGCUGGCUCUUCCCAGCGUGGCCAUCAUAGAAAGAAAGCAGGAGGGAACUGUGGGGCCUUUUAUGGCGUGGUCUUGAGAGUGAUAUUCGGGUUGUUGGAAGCCAGUCUGUCUUCAGCCAUGUUCACAGAGAGAAGAAAUGGGUUCUACCUCCUGAAGGGAGCACUGGCUGAGAGCCUCAGGCCUAUUCUAAAAUGACGUAGACCUAGCCACAUUCUAAUAAAAUCAUAGAACACAAAUACAAAGACUGAAAAAGACCUCAGAGAGGAAGCCACACUGCCUUGCAAGGACUAGACAGCAGUAGGUGCCUCAGCUAUGACUAAUGUUAACUACAGUGACAGAAAAUUGUCACCUUAGAAUCCACACCCACAGAAGUAUCUUACAAGAUGGUUUUAGACGAACAGAGCCAGGGACUUUGUCUCCAGGAUUCGUUAAAAGGAAAUCCAUUUCGGAUAACGAAAAUGUUCCACAAUUGAUUGUGGUGGUGCUCGCACUGAUCUGUGAAUAGGCCAAAAACCAUGGAAUUGUACUCCCUGAGUGGGCAGAUUGUAUGGCAACCUCAAUAAACUGUUUUUUCAAAACAAAAUAAGCGUUCUCUAUAAAGAUAUUUUUCCCCUAAGGGUGUCUUCAGACUGAGGGGCAUAGUCCCAACCAGGAAAUCUAAGACCUAAGGAAUGAAAGGGGCUGGCACUGUGGCAUAGCAGAUAAAGCUGCCUGCUGUGCCGGCAUCAAUUCAGCUGCUGGUUCAUGUCCUGGCUGCUCCUAUCCGGCUCUCUGCUAUGGCCUGGGAAAGCAGUAGAAGAUGGCCCAAGUGCUUGGGCCCUGCACCUGCAUGGGAGACCUAGAAGCUCCUGGCUCCUGGCUUUGGAUCAGCUUAGCUCCAGCUGUUGCAGCCAUUUGGGGAGUGAACCAGCAGAUGGAAGACCGCUCUCUUUCUGCCUCUGCCCCAGCACUCCACGGAGUACACAUGGACCCAGGGACAAGAAUGCUCCCAGGAGCAGUGUUCAGGAUGGCAUGCUAUGCAUGCGCACACAGUCAAGACCAGGAGACGGUGCUGAGUAAAUUGUGGUCCUUGCACUGGAGUCCUCCAGAGCCUUGAAGUGAGCUGUAGCCAUGUGCAGCAUGAGGGGUUCCUGGAAAACAAGCUGUGGAGGAAAUAGAGCAUGAGUGUGACUUUCCUGGCUGGCAGAGUCCGCCCAAGUAAGGACACCUGUAAGUGGGCGGUGGAGGUGGGGCACAAGAGCCAGGCGGGGAUCGCCACUGCAGCCUUCGGUCAGCUCUGUAGAAGGACCCCUGGAGGUGUUGGUGGUGGUUUUUGAUUUUUUUUUUUUUUUUGUCUUGGCUAGAUGGGGGGAUUCAUUUUCUUUGUUCACGCUGAUGCACGUUGGCAUGUGAGCUGAAUUUCUCAGGUUUUAUUACAUGUGUGGUUCACUGUGAUGCGUGACAUUAGAACCAUUUAAGGAUAAGGAGGAGAUCACACAUGCUACUUGUAAAAAGAAGAAAGGGCAGGUUACCUUCCAAGGAUCGAGUUUCCCUUACCAACACAAGAGUCCAGCGGAGACAGAUUUCCUAAGUGCUGAGGAGACGUAAAUGUCAUUCUGCUUAAUUGUGACUAAGGGCAGGCCAGACACUAGCAGGCCUGUGACGCACAGUGAUUGCCAGACUGCUCUUUAGUGAAAGGACUGCUAAGGAUGUUCCAGCAAGAAGGAGGGGAGGCUGGCAAGGGGGUUGGGAGUCAAGACUACAAGGAAGGGCUCUUGUGUUAAGUCCAGGCUCCUCGAGGCCCCCAGGAAUGUCAGUCCCUUCUGUCUCCCCGGGUGGCAUUGGCCCUGCCCCAGAUUGCAGCUGCAGGCAGAAGGGCAGAGGUCAGCCUCCGUUACUCUGUCACAGGGCUGCUGCAGAGGUGAUAUUCUUGAAAUGACAGAGUUUUAGGCUGGUGCUGCAGCUCACUUGGCUAAUCCUCCGCCUACGGUGCCAGCACACCGGGUUCUAGUCCCAGCUGGGGCGCCGGAUUCUGUCCCGGUUGCCCCUCUUCCAGGCCAGCUCUCUGCUGUGGCCCGGGAAGGCAGUGGAGGAUGGCCCAAGUGCUUGGGCCCUGCACCCCAUGGGAGACCAGGAGGAAGCACCUGGCUCCUAGCUUCGGAUCAGCGUAGCGUGCCAGCCUUAGCAGCCAUUUGGGGGAUGAACCAACGGAAAAAGGAAGACCUUUCUCUCACUGUCUAACUCUGCCUAUCAAAACAAACAAAAAAGAAGUGACAGAGUUUUAGAUACGGAGAACAGGUGAGUGGUUGCCUGGGGUUAUGGAUGGUGGGGACAGGUGUGACUAUAAAGCGGGUAGCUCCAAGGAGAUAUUGGAGAAGCUGUGAGGGGAAAGUUUUGUGUCUAGAUGGUGGAAGUGCUUACAUAAAUCUACCUAUGUGUGCUAAAGUGGAAUAGAGCUGCACUGGUGGCAAACUCCUGAUUUUGAUCUUGUACUGUUGCUGUAGAAGAUAUAACUGUGGGGGAAGGUGAAUGAGUGUUUCAUAGGACCUCUCUAACACAUUUAUUUGAGAAGAGAGAGGGAGCAAGAAAGCUCCGAUCUGCUGGUUGACUUCCCAAAUGCCUGCAAUGGACACAGCUGGACUGGGGCCAAACCCAGGGACCAGGAACUGAAUCCAGUAUCAGGGAUCCGACUAUUUGCACCAUCACCACUGCCUCCCAGGGUCUACUUAGCAGGAACCUGGAAUCAGGAGCCAGAAUUGGGGACUGAACCCAGGGCAUAAAGGCAUCCUAAUUGCUAUGCUAAAUGCCUACUCCCUGUACCAACCUUUUAACUUCCUAUCAAUCCGUAUUUCAAAAUAAAAAGGUUUGGCGCAGGCAUUUUGUGCAGUGGUUAAAGAUACCUCUUGAUCCUGCAUCCCCUGUCGGAGUGUCUGUGUCUGUAUCCUGCCUCUGCUCCUGACUCCAGCUUCCUGCUGACGUGCACUCAGGGAGAUGGCAGGCAGUGGCUCACGUAAUUAAGUCCCUGCCACCCACACGGGAGACCUGGAUUGAAUUCCUGACUCCUGGCUUUGGCCUGGUUCAGGCCUUACUGUUGGGGGCAUUUGAGCAAUAAACCAUCAGAUGAAGGAUCUCUUUCUGCUUUUCAAAUGAAAUGAAAAUAAAAUUUAAAAAUUUUUAAAUAGGUUUUAAAAAUUAAGUGGUGAGCAAAGAAAUUACAAAGCCAUGUUGAUAAAAUAAAAUGCUAGGUUUUAAAAAAAUAUUUAUUUUGGGCCGGCGCCGCGGCUCACUAGGCUAAUCCUCUGCCUAGCGGCGCCGGCACACCAGGUUCUAGUCCCGGUUGGGGCGCCGGAUUCUGUCCCGGUUGCCCCUCUUCCAGGCCAGCCCUCUGCUGUGGCCAGGGAGUGCAGUGGAGGAUGGCCCAGGUGCUUGGGCCCUGCACCCCAUGGGAGACCAGGAAAAGCACCUGGCUCCUGGCUCCUGCCAUCGGAUCAGCGCGGUGCGCCGGCCGCAGCGGCCAUUGGAGGGUGAACCAACGGCAAAGGAAGACCUUUCUCU